AUGCCUAGUUACGACGAGCUCUCAAAAUUGUUCGGGAGUCAUCCUGACUUGGCCAUCGUGCGACGCUUUGGUCCGUUGGCUGCUCAGGUGAUUCUCCAUAUGCAAGCAGAACUCCUCGAGCUUGAGGAUGAUCUCGAAGUCUUGAGGGACUUCGAACUCCAGCAUCCGAAUCUAUCCCAGCAUGCCAAGUCGUGGGAGAAGGCCAAUGAGACCGUCGAUGACGGUGGACGCAGUUUACGCAAAGAGAUCAUUCUAAAGGCGGAGGAGAAAUUGACGAGAUAUUAUGAGUUCCUAUCGCGGACGGCAGCAGUCAUGAGAACAGGGAAUCCUGACUCUUGCGAUCUCGACUUUCUCCGUCGCUGGCUUCAGAACGAAAAAGGCGGCAACAAUUUCCUCAAGCUCUCCGCGAAUGCCGAAGCAACCGCAUGGGACGAAAAUCAGACCGGCGAUCUGAUGGCGCUGAGAAAAAGAUCGGACCGCUUUGCAGCUUGGGUUGCCAAUGCCCUCCUUCCAUUCUACCAUAACUGCCUCGGUCAUCGCUGGCAAAAAAGGAUUGACGACGACUCUCUCGGUCCAUACUACGCCUACGACGACAAGAAGCUGGUGGUCCUGGGAAACGUGCUCUGCACCAUCCUCUCCACCGUGAUCCCGUCCUCCUCGAUUAUCGUUCUUUACUUUGUGCAGAGCAUGUUGUCUCGGCUGCUAUUGAUCAUUGCCUUCAGCUCGCUGUUUUCCCUGAUCAUGGGGUUCGUGGCCCAGGGCAGACGAUACGAAAUCUUCGCAGCGACAAUUGCGUUCGCUGCUGUUCAGGUGGUCUUUGUGGGCGGCGUCACAGUGGGCUCCAGCAGUUGA